UGGUGCGUGCAUCCUGUUUUGCACUUUGUCUGCAGUCGUUGUACGUCUGUGGUACUGGAAAGACUAUAGUGUCAUAUUGUAAAGUCGUGCAUUUCUAUAAAUACAUUAAAAAAACUACAAACCACAAGUCCUUGGGAAGACCUAUUAUGACCUAUUAUUGGACUACUUCUGGCUGAACUCUUUCAACUGACAUUACAGUUAAAAUGACAGCAUUAAAUUCAGACAAACGUCUUCAGUUGAGUGCAGUCGAAUUGCAGCAGGAGUAUUAUGAAACUAUCGGUGAUGCUGAUUGGGAACUAUACGAGAAGAAAGACAGAAGAUUUCUUCUCCAGAAAGUAGCAGUUGCUCUUUGCGGACCACCGACGAUUGAAGGCAACUUAAUGGACAAUACGAAUGAUGAUGACGAACUCAAAUUGCAAGGAUACGAAGCUCUGGAUGAAGAUACAUGCAUGAAUGUUUUCAAUCGGAUCUUAGAACAAGCAAAAUAUUCACACAAUGGUGAAAAUAUAAUAAUAUCUGUGCUUCGAGUGGUCUGCGUUAUACCGACACGAGAAAUAAAAUUUUUCGAAAUCACACCAAAAGAUUAUUGGCUCAAUCUUCACGUUAAGAAAGGAGAUUCUGUUCACAUCUUAGUGUUUCACGUGUUCAGUAUAAGGAAAUGUAUUUCUAUGAAUCACAAAGUGAAAGGAUGCAAAGUAUUCAUCGACCACGACGGCAGAGAGUAUCAAUCCUGGGACGAUUAUCUGACAAACAACAAGCUUCCGAAAUGUGUGAUGGUCGUACCUCGCAACGGAGAAUAUUCUGGAACUAUCGUCGGAGUGGAAGGUGAAAUGCCGAAAGUAAAUCUGACAGUAAGGGGUUCGCCAGAACUGGGUACUAAAGCACAAGUGAUUAAUACGGCAGACAACAUAAGUACAGUGGCUAAUGUUGGAGCGAUGGUCGCUGUGGUGGGAUCCCUGUUUGCGGCCCCCGCUGUAGCCCCCGUGAUGGUUGGGACAGCCGUGGGAGUUGCCACCGUGUCUGGAAUUUACAGCAUCGGCAGGUCAAUCGGUACCUUAGUCGACAGAUCUCAACAUAGGCAGAGUAUCGGCUUAGACAACAUGGAAGCUCGCUCUAACUGGAUAAAUAUUAUGAUCUCCACUGUCGGCUUGUCUUUUACUGCAGCUGGAAAAUUAUUGACUUGGGCUGCGACGACCGGGAGAAAUGUCAAGAUACUUAUGAGUGCUUUAGACUUUCUAAGGUUCACUAACAUUGCGACUGGAUUCAUUGGCGUAGCCAACGGCCUAGGAGAUAUGAUCUAUAAGUUCUCCAGGUAUGGUAAGACACCAUCAACACUCGAAGUGUUCCAAGUCACUACAUCCUUCCUCUUCCUUGGCAUUGGUGUGAUGUCAAACCAAACUGCAAAUGAAAUCGUUCAGGAUGCACAAGCUAACAAAAUAAAUGAAAUCCGAGAUUCGUUGUCUAGCAACAACAAAAGGAGAAUAUUCGAUAAAAUCACAGCUGAGACCCGGAGACUAAAAGGCACCAUAGAUGGCAACACUGAUGUCAUUAAAGCUCUUAAGACAAUCAAUAAUAAGGACGAGUUCUUCGGAAAACUGAAGUACAUGAAUAAGGCUUUCAAUAAAAAUAAAGUAAGGAUAUCAUUGAGUUCAGAUGGGAAAGUCAUAAUAAAUAAUCAACACAAAGUGAGCCUCUCCAAGAUAUACAAAAUUGGUCCGAAUGCUCGAGAUCAAUUACUAGCGAAAUAUGGACCUGCGAAGAUAACGAGCAAGAACGCGCCAACAAGAAUAUACCCCUCGUACGUUGUGGCCAGCAGCUCCAAUGUACCCACCUCAGAGCUAGCUUACACUAUCCGCCCAGAAGAGAUACUCAAAAUAUCUGCAUUCAUCUUAAAUUUGAGUAAAGCAGACGAAGAAUUUAUUCUAAACUUACUUUCGCUCAUAUCCCAAGAUUUACAUCAGGCUUUUUUGCUGCUAUGUACUGAAAUGAUCAGUUUAUUAAUUCGUACGGAAAUAGAGUUUCUUGAGGCGAUUUUCCCGGAUUGGAAGAGGCGACUGGUACUUUUCAUAUAUUAUCAUUUGAGUUCAAAAAUAACUGUCAAGGAAAAUGAUAAUGUGUUUAUGGCUGCCUUAAAACUAUACAUACGCGAUGGUAGAAUAAACAAAGAAACCCUAUUAGCACUCAAGAAGGAAAUUUUAGGAUAUUUUAUGGAUCACUCGAAACAAGAACACAAUAAAACCUGGAGGGACGUUGAUGAAUAUAUGAAGACCUAUUUUGGAAAUUUGAAAACGUUAAAAGUUGGCCAAGAGCUAGAGAUAGGACCUCAUAAAAUCUUGGUUAAACAAAUCACAGUAGAUCAUUUGGAAAUGGGACUUGCUAAAUAUUCGCAGCAACAAUGUGAUAUCUUUAUGGACCUUUGUUUGAAAAUUAUAUCAAUUUUAAGCAAAGAUGAAGUGAGACAGUUAAACAAUGUGAAUCCGGAUGAAGACAUAAUAAUGAGGGUAUCUAUUUUCCUUCUUGAAAGAUUUAACGAGUACAUUGGACAAAGAUUGGAGAUCGAUGAUAGUACGCUUGCUACAGCGACAUCGGACCUACUUGCGUGGCGUAAACGUCAACAUAUUAGAACACAAUACAAUUGCGCCAAAUGCAAAGGAAUAACAUAUGCUAUAAACAGUUAAAAUUAUUCUUCAGAAUUAUUUCUUCUGUGUAGUGUAUCUAAUCGACAGCACGGCUGGAGCAGUGUAGCGAGAGACAACACGAACCCCGGAUUCGUGUUAUGCGAGUGUGACGUAAAUGUGAGUGGGAAUGCAUCUACAAAACAAUUUUGAGAAGCAAGUGAAGCAAUUUUUUUAUGUCGUACCUAUAAAGAAACAUAUUUUAACGUUACGUUCAUUACAAAUGAUUUGACAUACUUGAUAGGUAGAAAGGUAGCUAUCUAAUCAUUAAAGUGCCUUAUUCAAUUAAUAAAUACAUAAGAUACCUAUAGUAAGAAAAUAUAACCACAAUUCCUUUGGAUAUACCUAUAAAGUAAGAAAUUGAGGCUAUGUGGACAAUUAAAACUAAAAUGAUUAUACUUAUAACGGCUACACACCUUACAAUUUAACUGUCAGCUUUAACUGCACAGUCCGACUGUACCGUUGAAAGUUAAGGUGUGAAUUUUUGUAGAGCCUAUUAGGUAGUCUUUUUAGCUUUAAGCUUAAGAUUAAAAAAUGACGAAUAAGUAAAUAAAUAAUUAUGCAUAUUAUUAUUAUGUAAGAUCAUCUUUCUCUUAUUUGACUGGCUUAGACUCAGGUUAGUGAUAUAAUAUAAUAGAUCAUUACACUGUUCAGCAAGUUAAUUAUAAGUCAAACCUUAGAUAAUAAGUCAUACCUAGAUUAUACACAUACCUAGAUUAUUAUAAGUCAUAGUUUUUACCUUUAGAUUACAUAAAAAAUAUAAAAAUUGAAAUUAAUUAAUAUCUAAUAAUUGUCUAUGUUUACUAGAUUUAAGAAUCACCAGUAAAAAUGUUGUAUAUUAUUAUGUGCUAGUAUCAAUACUAUUUCAGUCGCACUGAAAGUGUUGCCAUAUGCACGACUGUGGCGCCCUCAUUUAUUUUCAUAAUUGUACAACCUUAUUGUAUUUAAGACCGACCGUACAUUUUUUUAAAUAAAUAUUUCGAAAUAAAUAAUACCUUUAUUAAA